UUCAUCACAAUUACAUGAAUAAAACACAAUCUCGCCAACAUUGGAAACACAAUAGGUUUCUAUUGUGACCAAACUGUCACAUAACUUGCACCCCUUCAAGUUCCUCAAAAAGUGAGUUUAAUUUGGUGUCUUUGCCCUUUCAUUCACAAACAAGCUCUAUCAUCUUUCUGUGCCACCCAAGUAGUGUUCACAGUUUUUGACACCAGGCAGGCGAGUGAUGCUGGUGAGCUUAGCACUUAGGCUCUCAAAUGUCUCAUAGGCUGAGCAAUGCCAAGCCCCCUCCCCAAACACUUGACCCAUGCUGACGCAGUCUAUCCAUUUACAUUUAGGUCCGCGGGCUCACUGCAAUCCCAAUAGUGUGGGCAGCAGCAGGCACCAGGAAUAUUGCACGAGAGAACUACAGCUUCACUGGAUGGUUUAUUCCAUGUUUAUUUUUAGGGUCUUCACUGAUCUUUUGUAGUCGAGAUUGCUUGUGACAGAUCCUUUCCAACCCUUUAAUCCUUUUUUUCCGGCGUGUUGAUUGACAAGUUUGCACACCUGACGGGAGCACUGAAAGGUAGCGCUGGCUCCAAUCGUUACAGAAGUCUUUCCGUCUGUUUCACGGACGUUACCGAUUGCCCAAUUGUCUCGAGUUGGUGUCUUGACGUGAUUUUUUUUUCACUGCAAGAGCCAUGACUUCCUUUAUGAAGACAACCGGUCCGGGUAAGCGGGUGGGCGAAAGCAGCAGUUUUGACCUCAUCCAAAAUCGAAUCGAAUCUUUGAGUGGCAAGAUGGACAAGCUCAUCAACCUUCAAGAGAAGGUCCUUGUCCGGCUUGAUGCAAAGUCCAGUGGUAUUGAAAAGGAAGAGAAGGAGUAUGUCAAGAGCCACGUCCCACAUGGGGAAGUGUACCAGUCGCAGGGACGAGACGUCAAAGACAUAUACCAGGAAAUGAGCAGCAUCAUGUUGGCGGUCAAUCACAGGUCUGAGAUUCAAGCUCAGAAGAUGGAGGGAAUGGAGAAACUGGUCCUCAGCAUGCAGCAGGUGAUCAGCUUCAUCGGAGAGACGAUCAAGAGCUCCAGGGUCAUGGAGCUCAUGUUCAAAGGUGACACCAAGGGAAACAAAGGAAAGCAAGUCUCAAAGAGGAAAUCAUCAGACACAAUAAAAAAGUCAGACAAGAAAACUACCUCUAACAAAGCCAAAAAAGGGAAUGAAGACAUAACUGAUGUUUGCGAGGCCGCUACUCUACUGUCAUCUCACAGGACAAAGCUCCAUGGACCAAAGCGUUACCUCGCCACUCGCAAAUAUGGAACCUUUUUCAACGACCACAAUAACGAUGGCGCAGAGAGGCCCGGUUUGACCCCCAAAGCCCAAAAGACGAUGAACCCCCCCGACACUGCAGGUAUCUCGCUGAAGAAGCAGGCACUGCUUCGAGAAGAGGUUCAGAAACUCAACAGGGAGAACGCAGAGAAGUCAACUCAGCAGUUUAGCGCCGUGUAUUUGAAUCUGCAAGCUGACGUCCCAACGGGCAGUGAUUCCCGAAGCUAUCAAGAGGCCGGCCUUGGUGCUGGAGAGGAUGAGGAAAAUGAUCCUGAUGAAGACGUGUAUGCUACUGAGGAGGUGGUUGAAGUGCAGGAGGAGGUUGAGGUAGUUCAAGAGGAAGAGGAGGAGAAAGCACUAAAGGAGUAUGAGGUGGAAGAAGUGGUGGAAGAAGUGAUAGAAGAGGUGGAGGAACUCACAAUAGAAGAAUCACAAACGUCCGAGUCUGACAAUCCAACAGAUCCAAGCAGGGACGAUUGUGAAGCCACCUUCCUGGACACCCAAAUGGAGGUCAGCGUUACUGCCACCGGCUCCUUUGUGACUGAAGAACUGGUGGUGGUGGAGGAAUACACUGAGGUCCUAGAAGUGGAGAAGGACGAGGACAAGGAGGAGCAAGAAGACUGGGCCGUGUUCCAGGCGGACGGCGUUGAGUUCCAAUUUGAUCUGAAAGAGAGGUUGGCGCGUGAGAAGAAAGAAAAAGCCAAGCCCGAGGAGCAAAAGGAGCCGGAGGAUGAAGUGCAAUACUUUAUUGAUAGCACUCCUCCCCCGGCAGCGCCGUUUAAUCACCGCAUCGUGUCGGCCAAACCCAACCAGAUCAGCAACUUCUACACCAUCAAUUGGCAGGAGGUCUUGGGCGGGGGUCGUUUUGGUCAAGUGCACAAGUGUGUUGAAAACUCAUCUGGUCUGACGUUGGCAGCCAAAGUCAUCAAGGCCAAGUCCCAGAAAGAAAAGGAGCUGGUGAAAAACGAGAUCCAGGUUAUGAACAAUCUGGACCACGCCAACCUGAUCCAACUCUACGCGGCAUAUGAGUCCAGGAAUGACAUCAUCCUCGUGCUCGAAUACGUGGGCGGAGGCGAGCUGUUUGACAGGAUAAUUGAUGAAAACUACACGCUAAUGGAGCUGGAUGCCGUGGUGUUCAUCAGGCAGAUCUGUGAGGGCCUGCAGCAUAUGCACAAAAUGUACAUCAUACAUUUGGACUUAAAGCCGGAAAACAUCCUGUGUGUAAGCAGGGUCACUAAUAAAAUCAAGAUCAUCGACUUUGGUCUCGCUAGGAUAUACAAACCGAGGGAGAAGCUGCGAGUCAAUUUCGGGACUCCAGAGUUUCUUGCUCCUGAGGUGAUCAACUAUGACUUUGUAUCAUUUAACACAGACAUGUGGAGCCUUGGUGUCAUCACAUACAUGCUUCUGAGCGGCCUCUGUCCUUUCCUGGGCGACGACGACAACGAGACACUCAACAACAUCUUGGCCUGCCAGUGCAGCUUUGAAGAGCAAGAGUUUGUGGACACGUCUGAAGAGGCCAAAGACUUCAUCAGCCGACUACUUGUCAUCAAUAAAAGUUGGAGGAUGGGAGCGUCCGAGGCUCUGAGACAUCCCUGGCUGUCUGACGCGGGCCUUCAUCAUAAACUUCAUACCAAGAAAACCAUGUGCCGAUCUCGCCGGUCAUCAUGUGUGCCCCCAACAGACAGUUGAGGGCGCCAACAAGAUGCGAUGACUCCCAGCCGUGGCCACUCCGGACCAAGCUUCCUGUCCCCCUUCCACUUUGAAAUGAGUGAAUUUGUGGCUCACAGUGCCAUGAUAUUCAUCCUUUGUUUUUUAUGAGAAAGCCUCAUUGAUUUGGUUGGGAUUUAAAAGCAAUAUAUACAAUCCUGGCAUCAUGUGGAAUCCUUGUGUGGAACCGAUGUGAGCCUCACUUGCUGUAGCAACAUUGAUUUGAAUGUUGACUGUAAAUUGGAUUCAAUUCCAGCUCACUGGAGUUCUCCCCGUGCUUGCAUGGGUUUUCUUCGGGUACUCUGGUUUUCUCCCACAUUUCACAAACGUACAUGGCAGGUUAAUGGAACACUCAAAAGUGCUCCUAAGUGUGAUUGGGAGCGUGAAUGGCGGUGUGUUUACAUGCGCCCUGUGAUUGGCUGGCAACCAAUUUAGGGUGUCCCCCGCCGACUGCCGGGAUAGGCUUCAGCAUGCCCUGCGACUCUUUGAGGAUAAGCUCAUCAGAAAAAUGAAUGGAUGGAAUUAAGAAAGACAUAACAUCCAUGCGGUGUACUGUAUGUUGUUGGUGCCACACUUUAUAACAGUAUUAAAUGAUUAAUUAUAACUGUAGGUUUCACCGCUGCUUGUACUUUGCGAAGCAUCAACAAAAUGUCUUAUCAGCUGAAUGCUUUCAUUUUUUUGUCAGUGCACAAAAGUAAUUUUUGUAGCUUUUUUUUUUCCUUUUUUAAAUACUACCGGUACUGUCUGCAAGAGCUGUUAAGCCACAAUAGUUACACCUCAUUAUAGAUGCUUGUUUGCCCCGCUGCCACGUGACAGAUUCGCCUUCUAUGAAGGCUCACCGUAUAACUGAAAGGAACACCCAUCUCCCCACCGUUGCAUAGUGAGUGGAUGACACUUGGGUUAGUACGCACAUUUGCAGGCUUUCUGGUUUAAAAGCCAUCAUGUAUCUUUGGAUUGUUUGAAGUUCAAUAGGUUACUCACACAAUUCUGCAUGUUUUCUUUUGUUGAGUGUACACGCAUUAAACUGAUAUUGGGUCUCAAACCUGAGUGGUUUGUUUAUUUUCAGCUUGACUCCAGCGUAGGCUGAAGCGCACAGCCAUUUGAGGGUGCUUUUCACCCCGUGAAAAGUUCCACUUGGUUUCGAUUAAUUCCA